UGCCACUCUCACCCUAACGAUCCCAGCAUUGCGUGACUGUGAACAGGGAGAAACUCCGCUUCACAGUAGACCAAUUGGGAAGUUUGCGUAGAAGGCUGCACCCGGCAAAGACAUGGGAAACUCGACAGGAAGCACCGUGGACGACCUGCAGGCCGUGGAGAUGCACCUCUGGUACAAGAAGUUCAUGACGGAGUGUCCCUCCGGGCAGCUCACCCUGCACGAGUUCAAGCAGUUCUUUGGGCUGAGGAGUCUGGACCCGGAGGCCAACGCUUACAUCGAGCAGAUGUUUCGAACCUUUGACAUGAACAAGGACGGGUACAUAGACUUCAUGGAGUACGUGGCCGCUCUGAGUCUGGUCAUGCGGGGGAAGAUGGAGCACAAGCUGCGCUGGUAUUUCAAACUCUAUGAUGUGGAUGGAAACGGCUGCAUAGACCGCCACGAACUCCUGAACAUCAUCAAGGCUAUCCGAGCCAUCAACGGCAGUGAAAACCAGGAAACGACGGCGGAGGAAUUCACAAAUGGCGUCUUCGACAGGAUUGAUGUCAAUGGAGAUGGCGAGCUCUCCCUGGAGGAGUUUGUGGCCGGCGCUCGCAGCGAUGACGACUUCAUGGAGGUGAUGAUGAAAAGUCUGGACCUUCGCCACAUCGUGGCCAUGAUCCACAACAGACGGCACAGCGUUUAAGGAUCCGUCUUUCCAUCCAGCUCAUUCAGUGUUUCAGUACGCAUCCUCUGGUUGAAAGGUCUUUUAGGAAGUGAGAUUUCCAUUAAGAUUGAAUCCACUUCAACGUGAUGCCAGGGUGCUGCAAAUACCGACUUGUCCUAUGUUUAAUCUCUAAAGGAGUGACACGUACGCACUUUAAAUGGGAUGACUCAGGCGACCCUUGCGGGCCGGUCAUCGUCCUUGUUGAGAGAUGAUGAGCUCUGCCAAGGCCCCGCCGGUGUGAGGGAUGAUCCUUCAGACGCCCCGAGGGACACGGCGGGGAGACGGUGGAGCAGAGCGCCGAUUACAGGAACUCAACUGCUCUUUCGGACCCGUUUGAUUUUCUGGGUCGGCGUCUCUCGCCAUUAAAUUACUCAAACUACUUUUGUUUUCUUUUCCCUCUUGCCUGUGAGGUGAGCCGUGACUGCACUGUGUUUAAUAUCCAUGCUAAUCUGAUUAAAUCAGGCUGUAAAACAGGAAAAGGUGAAAGCCUCUGGAGAUAUUUAGUGGAGGAGAAAAAAAAAAAAAAGACGAUUGUUUCAAAAAAUGUUUCAACUCUUCUUUUAUAUCUUGAAAUGAUUUCAGAAGAAGCAUAACGCAAAAUACAGGCUUGUUGUUUUGCAGCAUUUUUUUGUGCACGCAGCUUUUUCAGCCAAAUGAUUUGCUCCUGAAUCGGCAUGAAUGCAGUUUUAGUUCUAGUCCACUUUUGUUUUGUUUUUUCGCUGUGCUCCUCUGGUGCCUUCUGUUGGAAGAGUGCAGAAUGUGUUUGAUUUGAAAAUAAACAAUAAAAACGAUGUUUAAAACA